AUGAUCAAUGUCACCUUCCUAAAUUGGUUAAUAAUUUUAUAUCUGGAAAUUCCCGUCGUUUCUCUCUCAUUGCCAUCUUGUGCCCUACCACUUAAUGGUGCUCUUUACUGGGGAACGCACAACAAGACAAUCUCUGGUCGCCCCUGCUUACCAUGGAAACUAUUCGAACAUAAAAUUACAUCAGUCAUGUUGCCUGACCUGAAUUUGGAGGUGGCCUUGAACUUCUGUCGAAAUCCCGGGAUGGUUGGAGGUCGUCCAUUUUGUUACAUUCAGUCAGAUCCGCCAGUUGCUGAAGACUGCUCUGUAUGUUCUCGCCAUGAAGAGACUUGCGUUUUAAUGGAUCGGGGGGUUAACUAUGUAGGCGACACGUCAGUAUCAUUGAUUGGUCGCCAAUGCGUUUCGUGGAUUGAUGCUUUUAAGUUUCUAAAUCAUACAUACGAUAAAACCCUCGUUAGAACCAACAAGUCGUAUAUAACUCAAGAAUUUGUUAAAGAAGUUGGAACAAUCACUCUGGAUAGAUUAACAGAGUUUGGUAAUUUUUGUAGAAAUCCAGUAUCAACACUGCACAGUCCCUGGUGUUUCGUCGAUGUACCUACUUUGAGCUGGAAUUAUUGUGACGUGUGUUUCAACGGACCGUCAUUAAGCAUUGCAAACACGCCGCAUCAGCCUUUACAAAAUAGUUAUAGAACUGAUGACAAUAAUAGAUAUUUUGGUAAUUUUAAAACGUUCAAGACGAACUAUAAGCAACAAAUAACUGAAUCAAUUUAUGAAAGAAAUAUUUCUUCUUCACAGAUUACCAGAUCGAGUCGUUUAACUAGCAGACUUAAUAGAGAUAAACUCCAGUUGAUUAGUUGGAUGUCUUUAACCGUUGAUUCUUUGGAGACUUGUGCAAUAUUUUGCUCCACUACAUCAACCUGUGUAAAGUUUUAUUUUGUUUCUGAUCAACAACCUAAAUGCUAUUACACAUCGUCACUCAAUGAAAAUGGGAAUGUUAAAGAAUCACUUGGCAAAAAUUGUACAGCUGAUAAUAACGUGCCAAAGGUUAUGAAGCUCAUCAAUGCUGAAUGCGACGGUGGUGAUAGUUAUCCAGUUGGAAAUUAUAGUCAAUGUAAAUAUAAAUGCCUGAAUGACGUCGAUUGUCAAGCGUAUCAGUUUAUGGGAUCAAAUCCAACUUACAAUUGCUUCACAUUUUUUCACUUUCCCAUGUGCAGACGUUCACGAAUGGUGAAUUACUUUGAAAAACGAACUGCACAUGAUAGACAAAAUAGGAAUCUAAAAGUUUUUAAAAGUUCAACAUACGUAGUUAUUAGAUGCACAAAUGAAAUUAAACGAACAAAAAGAAAUAUGCCACCUUCUUUGCCACCAAAUUUUGACUUUUUUAAAUACGAUCUCGCCAGCACAACAGAAAAACCUCCGCCAGCAGGCUCGGAUUUUGAUUUCGCUGACGAGUAUCACGCUGAAUCUCGUUUCCAAUUCACACCUAAACUAGCUUCAACUAUUAUGUACAAUAUCUUAAUAAUUUACGGUAUAGUUGUGGUGAUCAUUUUGUUGAACCUUUUCAAGUGGCAGUUUUGGUUUGAAAAUCCGCAGCUGAAGUAUGAUCUAGAAGUUGCUGGUAAAACUUAA